UAAAGAUGGAGUUUAUUAAAGAGGAGAUUGAAGACAUGAGUGAUCCAGAACCAUCCAGAAUAAAACAUGAAGAUACUGAGGAACAAAUAGAUCUGGUCCUGUGGGCGUCAGUAUCACACAGUGAUCACAGUUCACACCUGCAGUGAAGCCCCUCCCACAACAAUUCACCAAUAAAUACUGGGAAUAUUCCCAUCAUCCUACAAGAGAAGGACAAACUCCAGGAGUAGCGGCUGAAAUCUGUGUGACUGUUAAAGAUGGAGUUUAUUAAAGAGGAGAUUGAAGACAUGAGUGAUCCAGAACCAUCCAGAAUAAAACAUGAAGAUACUGAGGAACAAAUAGACUGGAUGGAGAUGAAACCGCAAAAACAUGAACUGAAUGAAGCAGAGGAGGAACAGCAGAGCAUCAAAGCUAAUGAGCUUUACACCUGCCCUCAGUGUGGAAAGAGCUUUGGUCGCAAAGGACACCUUAACAAACACAUGAGAAUUCACACUGGAGAGAAACCGUAUCCAUGCACUCAGUGUGGAAAGAGUUUUGCUUGUGGAUCCGGUCUUAAACAUCAUCUACGCAUUCACUCUGGAGAGAAACCAUUUAACUGUGAUCAGUGUGGUAAAGAUUUUAAUUCAUCAUCAAAUCUAAAAAAACACCUGAAAGUUCAUUCAGAUGAGAAGCCUUAUGUGUGUUCUCUCUGUGGAAAGAGUUAUUCAAGGCUGGAUCAUUUUAAACUGCACCAGAAAACACAUAAUGAAGUGAGAGAUCAUGUGUGUUGUGAGUGUGGGAAGAGCUUUAUUACAACUGGCUAUCUGAAAGAGCACCAAAUAAUUCAUACUGGAGAAAAACCUUACAAGUGCUCAUAUUGUGACCAGAGUUUCACUCACUCAAAAUCCCUGAAAGAACAUGAGCGAGUUCAUACUGGAGAGAAGCCGUACUACUGUACUCAGUGUGAGAAGAGUUUCAAAUGUCCCAAAGGUCUCAGGAAUCAUCUGUUCGUUCACUCUGGAGAAAAGCCAUUUAACUGUGAUCCGUGUGGUAGAAAAUUUGUUUCAUCAUCACAUCUAAAAAAACACUUAACUGUUCAUUCAGACGAGAAGCCUCACUUGUGUUCUCUCUGUGGAACGAUUUUUUCAAGUCUUUAUUAUUUUAAAUUGCACCAGAAAACACAUAAUGAAGUGAGAGAUCAUGUGUGUUGUGACUGUGGGAAGAGCUUUACUAGAGCUGACAAUCUGAAAAAUCACAGAAGAAUUCAUACUGGAGAAAAACCUUACAAGUGCUCAUAUUGUGACAAGAGUCUCACUCGAUUUGAGCACCUGAAAUCACACGAGCGAGUUCAUACUGGAGAGAAGCCGUACUGCUGUACUCAGUGUGAGAAGAGUUUCAAAUGUUCAUCAAGCCUUCACAAUCAUAUGAAAAAAUGUUGCAAGUGAGAAACAUUCGUUUUCAUAUCAAAUAUCUCACAAGUAAAUUGUGUCAAAUAAAAAAA